AGUACUUUAUGGCAAGAAAUACUUAACCGAUAGUUCCGAGGGUUUGGUCAGUCGAAGGAAGACGGAGGUGAAAGUGCAAUUGGGUAUGAUCAUCGACAGAUCAAUCGCCACGUUGCGCGAUGCCUCCUCGGGGUCGACCCGAUGAUCUAUGCGAAGCACAGUCAGGAAACUAGUUACGAGUCCCACUGCAAAGUACUUAGUGGAAACUGGGUUAAGGAGUGCUAGCUCGGCAUAUUUCUAUUCUCACCCAUUACGUAAUUACCGAACGGCGUAUCGGAUGCACUGGAAACCCAUGCAUAUUGGAUCCAAUAGACGAGACAUCAAUUGGCAUCCGGUUCCGGAUAAUAUGCCAGGCAAUCCAGACCUUCGUCCAAUCCGGAAUGUGACGAGGAAUGCGGUGCAGAUGCAUUGGAAUGUAGGAGGCUCUGUCAUGAGCCGAGGGAUUGAUCAGUAUGUAGAAAACAAGGGUAGGAAUUAUAUCAUGCACACUCCACUGGAUCGGGGUUACAUGAGAAUUUAUUUGGACGCUAUUUGCUUGCCGAUGCGUGGCUUGGAUACUUUUUGGGAUAACAAGGUCCACUCGAUGCCUUCUUUAGACGUAAACGAUACAAUUGAAAAUUGCGCCCUCGGGAAAAGGGACAAAUUUAUUUACCCCAACAAGUAAGAUCCCUGAAAGAGGAUCCAGCAACCCCCGUGCGAUGCCUAUACAGUGGGAACAAGUUCACCGGUGUGCUUCCCGUAAGUUAUGGCUUCCCAAAAGUAUGGUGUGGAUCUUCGAUAAAAAGAGUGUGCCCCCGUCGUGGCUCCUACUGCAAGGGUAGUUUGUUUUCAUCCCCCUAGCCGCGAAUCUUUGCCACGCUUCCACGAACUCGCCACUUCCUUCAAUGCUUUCAUGGAUUAUUUAGAACCAACUAGUGAUGGGGGUCGGAAGGGUGGGAUUCGUGACUUACGGCUACCGGAAAUCCUCUGUUUAGUUUACGCACACUUUAUUCCCUUUUCAGGGGGGUGUUAACUGAUUUAUCACGGUACGAAACCCCCUUUUUUGUAAAAUAGAUCCGUAGUCCUUUUGAAAAUAAAAUUUUUUUAU